AUGGCGACCAUCGACGAAAAGCCUACCGGCGUCCAUAGUGUCGACCACCAUGACGACCCGACCAAUGUCGACCAUGUCGUUCACAUAGCCCACGAAACAGAGGGCAAGACCUCUCCCUGGACAUGGCCAAUGUUCCGGCUCUACCUUGUUCUCUCUGUUGCUUACCUCUGCGGCUGCCUGAAUGGCUACGAUGGGUCGCUUAUGGGUGGUCUGAACGGAAUGAAAGCGUAUCAGCGCUACUUCAACAUGAGCGAGGCAGGAUCCGGAACCGGUCUCGUCUUUGCCAUGUACAAUAUUGGUUCGGUCGCAGCCGUCUUCCUCACCGGCCCUAUAAACGACUACCUCGGACGACGCGCCGGAAUGUUCAUCGGCUCGGCCAUUGUCAUCAUCGGAACGUGCGUGCAGGCCCCUUCCACGACCCAGCGCCAAUUCCUCGGCGGUCGAUUUAUUCUCGGCUUCGGCGUCAGCUUCUGCUGUGUCUCCGCGCCAACAUAUGUCAGCGAGAUGGCCCACCCAGCCUUUCGCGGUACCUUGACUGGACUCUACAACUGCACUUGGUACAUCGGUAGUAUAAUUGCUUCGUGGGUCGUGUAUGGGUGUGCCUAUAUCGACGACCACACUCGGGCAUGGCGGAUCCCCAUCUGGUGCCAAAUGAUUACUUCUGGGCUUGUCGUGAUCUUCGCUUUCACCUUGCCAGAGUCGCCUCGUUGGCUUAUUGCCCGAGACAGGCAUGAGGAGGCCGCCAGAGUCCUGACCAAAUACCAUGGCGAGGGUGACCCGAACCAUCCUUACGUUCAGCUUCAGUUGAAGGAAAUGGCGAAUCAGAUCUCCAGUGAAGCGUCGGACAAGAAGUGGUGGGACUACCACGAGCUUUGGGACACGCACUCAGCCCGCAGGCGUUUGAUUUGUGUCCUCGGCAUGGCUUGCUUCGGUCAACUCAGUGGUAACUCCCUAUCGAGCUACUACCUGCCUACUAUGCUCGUCAACGCCGGCAUUACCCAGGAGCACACAGUCCUGGCCCUGAACGGUAUCAACCCCGUGCUCUGCUUCUUCGGCGCUUGUCUCGGCGCCCGUAUGACCGACGUCGUGGGACGACGGCCUCUGCUGCUGUACUCCAUCGUCUUCUCAUCGCUAUGCUUUGCCAUCAUCACCGGCACCUCGAAGCUGUCUAUCGAUCAGCCAGACAACCACUCUGCAGGAAACGCCACCGUCGCCUUCAUCUUCAUCUUCGGCAUUGUCUUCUCGUUUGGUUGGACACCGUUGCAGAGCAUGUACAUCGCCGAGACGCUACCCACAUCCACCCGCGCCAAAGGUACGGCCGUUGGCAACUUUGCCUCUGCCGUCUCGAGCGUCAUCAUCCAGUACAGCUCCGGCCCGGCAUUUGAGAAGAUUGGCUACUACUUCUACAUCGUCUUCGUCUUCUGGGACCUGUUCGAGGGCGCCUUCAUGUACUUCUUCUUCCCCGAGACCAAGGGCCGCACCCUUGAGGAGUUGGAGGAGGUCUUCUCAGCGCCGAACCCGGUCAAGAAGUCUCUGGAGAAGAGGAGCGCGCAGACGGUGCUGAACACGAUGAAUGUGCAGGCUGAUGCUAAGGAGAUUGAGGUUUAA